CCCACCUCCAUCACCCGCAGCACGCGGCCUCCGCCACCUUCCCCCCGUCCACGCGCGCGUCUCAAGUGGUCGACCAACAUCCGAUCGAUCGAUCAAUCGAUCGACUCAGCCGGCGGUGGACGAUGCUGGGAGACGCGGGCGAUGUGCUCGAGGGGCUGUGCAAGGGCGCCGUGCCCGCGGGGCUGCUGCUCCUGCUGCUGCCCGCAGCCGCGCUGCUGCUGUCGCGGGCAGCUCCGGCCCAAGCGGCCCACGAGUUCCCGGCCAUGCGCGCCGCGCAGUUCGACAUCCACGGGCAGCAGCACGGCUCGCGGAACGCCAUCGUGAACGCGGAGGCGCGCUCGGGCGACGCCGACGGACUGUCCCGCCGCUGCGUACUGCUGCGCCUCUCGGAGCUGUCGCUGCACACGCUGCGCCACGCGCUAGCGCAGGCCGCGGCCGCCAUCGUCAUCUUGCUGCCGCCCGACCUCGGCAGCCUCCCCGGCGAUGCGCUCGAGCGGCUGCGGGAGGUGGAGCCGGAGCUGCUGACGAUGGAGACGGCGGUGCCGGUGUACCUGGCGCAGGAGGACGAGGAGCUGCUCUCCAUCCACGAGCAGCUGCACGCCGCCUCCACCGCCCUGCAGCACGCCUCCGCCGCGCAGGUCAUGCUGAGCACGGCGACAGCCAACGGCUUCCAGAUGGUGGCAAGCGGAGGCCAAAGCAAGGCCCUGCCGGACUGGUCAAUCGCCAGCAUCGAGGGCCGGCUGCCUGGUCUGGGGGGGGACGAUUUGCCGACCAUCGUGAUUGUGGCUCAUUACGACUCGCUGGGACUCGCUCCGUGGCUGUCGUUUGGCGCGGACUCCAACGGGAGCGGAGUGGCGGCGCUGCUGGAGUUGGCGCGUCUCUUCUCCAAGCUCUACACACACAAGCGCACGCACGCCGCGUACAACCUCCUGUUCUUCCUGUCGGGCGGCGGGAAGUUUGGAUACCAGGGAACCAAGCGCUGGCUGGAGGACAACCUGGACCACACAGAUGCGAGCUGGCUGCAGGACAGCGUGGCGUUCGUGCUGUGCCUCGACACGCUGGGCAGCGGCGACAGCCUGCACCUGCACGUGUCGAAGCCCCCCAAGGAGGGCACCCCCCCCUACGCCUUCCUCAAGGAACUCGAAUACGUGGCGGCGAGCCAGCACCCGUCGCUGCGCUUCUCCAUGCUGCACAAGAAGAUCAACCUGGCGGAGGAGACGCUGGCGUGGGAGCACGAGCGCUUCGGCAUCCGCCGCCUGCCCGCGUUCACGGCCUCGCGCCUCGACACGCACCGCCGGCCCGAGCGCGCCACCAUCGCCGACGUCGGGUCCCAGGUGGACAUCACGAAGCUGAGUCGGAACGUGAAGAUCCUGGGCGAGGCGCUGGCGCGGUACAUCUACAACCUCACGGGGAAGGGCACGACAGGAGAGUUUGAGGUGUUCUCAGAGCAACUGCGCCUGCAGGAGGAGCAGAUGGGCGCCAUGGUGGACUGGCUGGCGUCGCAGCCGCGCGCCGCUCCGCUCGUGGGGCCGGACCACGCGCUCGUGACGACACUCGAGCACCACAUGGGGCGCUACCUCAAGGAUGUCCGCACGCACAACGUGCGCGCCGACAAGAGAGAACCAGAGUUCCUCUUUUACGAUCAGCUGAAGCAGACGAUGAAUGCCUAUCGAGUGAAGCCUGCAAUUUUUGACCUGAUCUUGGCAGUUGGGAUUGCGGCCUACCUGGGCGCGGUGUACCUGGCUAUACAGAACUUCGGGCUGCUGUACGAGACCAUGCGAAGACUCAACGCUAAGCCAAAGCUGCAGUGAGCAGCAGCAAUCACACACACAUCCCCGCACACAUACACACAUCCCCGCACACAUACACAGAGACAAUACCCAAUAUAGGCACACAGACUGUUUGGGGCAAGUGCUGUUAGCGAGCACCUAUGAAGGCCGGCACGGCACACGAAGGGGCUGGGUGGCCAACACCACUCCCGGCCGCCUUUGUCUCCCCAGUGGUGAUCUUUACACACCACACCGGGUACUCAUUUGAGGCUGAGUCGACCUAGUGGAGGCCCGUGUCCGGUUCGGUAAAUUGUCACUACUGCUCGCUAGCACCAGGCACACACGCACGAACGCGCACGCACGUACUUGCAGACGCAGAAGGCGAGGGUGAAGUGGGGGGGCACACAGAGCCUCCCCCACCUACCAGAGGUCGCAAACGGGUUUUGAUUCCUUACCCGUACCCGGCCGCACCAGGGUCGCAAACGGGAACCCGUACUCGUACCCGGCCGGGUACGGGUAGGGUACGGGUAGCGGGUACCUGAUUGCGACCUCUGGGAUGAAGCCAUGUUGCAGGCGCGGGUGGGUUGAUUCUAGGAACUUGAAUUGUGAAAAGAGACAAGACGUUGGGAAAUGAGUGACAAACAGUUACUCACCAGUGACUCACGGUCUACCCGUACCCGGCCGCACCAGGGUCGCAAACGGGUACCCGUACGGGUAGCCGGGUGUAGGGUACGGGUAUCGGGUACCCGGUUGCGACCUCUGCCACCUACCCACCCACCCGCACGUUCCGUUUGCGAGUUGCAAGCGGGUGAUCGGAGGAUGGCGUGAGUGAUGCGGAAGCCAGAACUGUGGACUCUUGCCGUGACGCAUUCGUAUCCAUUCUCGCGAUGAACGUGUCAACUGGAGAAUGCAUUUUUAUUUAACUUGCACUUCGAGAUUGAGUCGCGUGAUCUACGUCCAGCAGAGGGGAGGGGGGUCUGCAUUGCGCCACAAUGUUAAACAUGUUUUUAUCAUAUCCUCCAGAUUAUAAGAUCCACUUUCCCCCACUGCAUUUUCAAGCAAGGGUUGCAUUCUAUAGCCCAGUAUGUGCGUGGUGUGAGACCGGAUUAGUUUAACUUGUUUGGCACUCACCGCCACAUGUUUGGAAUGCGUCACUUCCUUUCCGGAGAAUCUCACAAUCCGGAGAAUACGGUAAUAAUAGUUAUAGUAAUAAUAAUAAUAUAUUAUUGAAUUGAGUCAUGACCCCGAAUCGUCACAUAUCCAAAAUGGCGAGGUCGUGGUGGGGGGGAGGGGGUGGGUUGGUGAACGGAUUGGUCAAUUCUAGAUUUGAAGCUUUCGUGACUGCAAGGAUUCAUAUUCUUAGGUUUUUUCGGUAAAGUCACGUAGGUAAAAAAUUAAAAUUUAAAUUAAUAAAAGUUAAAUUUAAAUAAAAUUAAAAUCACGACGCUUCGGAGGCAACACAAGCUUCCGUCUUCAGGUGGAACCGUCACAGCACGAUUGCUGCAUCAAGUAAGAGAAAUUGCUGCAUCAAUGGUUACGUCCAGACAUGGGGGUUACUUAUAUUUGUGAUUGCGUCAUUGAUAAGAAAUUGCCAGCACAGUGUUAUCGUCAUUUGGGCUACCAUUGCCGCUGUGCCCGCAAUUACAACUGUGACAACCCAGGCGUGGCUUUUGUCCAAGGUGUUUAAGUCCAAGCCGUCUCGCACUCCGCUGGCCGAUUGGAACAACGCGAGCCAAUGUCGUGUGGUCGUCACCCGUGCGUGCGUGCACAUGCUGUCUAGUAGCACUGCAGCUGAAUUGUAAAACAAAAAAACGAGGGUUGCCGCGAUAUGGAGAAUCGACUAUCUGUCACGCAAUGUAAGAUCCACGAUAAUCGUAUCAGUGUGGCUUGCAAAAUACCGUCACGUGAUUAUCCUCGCUAAUUUUUAUUGUUCGCAAUGCUUUAUUUCCUGACGAAAUAUGCAAACUUUUUAAAGGUCUAAAAAAUAAAUCGUCGCUCUUUCCCCGUUCAAUUGGUGCCAAUUGGUGCCGGAGUAAUUGACAGCAUGUCGGUCAUGUGGCAUCAACUCUAAAUGACUGCGGGCGGGGGGAGAUUUUAGGCAGCAGCAAGGCUUACGUUGAGCUAACUGCAGUCGAAAUAACUCUUGAGCAAUCUUUACUCGUACUUGAAACACACCGGGGCACGAUAAAAAGACGGUGACAAUCUGAAAUGGAAUUACAAACUCGAGGGAAUAUCUGCUCGUCGCGACGAUCGGCAGAUCGUAGGAACGGGCGUCGUUCUCGUGGAAAAAGAUAUCGCGGCAAAAACCCUCCUGCAAACCGAACACUGCAUGCACUGUUACGCGUCGGGCAACGGUGUCACGGCGCUGCAGGGACGCGCCCUGGGGGCCAAGUGACAAUGCGUUCGGCUCAUCGAUCGAUCGAAAUCGAAAUGCGACGUUCGCGGAAAACGCGUCGAAGCCGCUCGCGCGACAAUCGAUUAUCCGCGACAAGCGACGACGUGGCCCGCGUUUUAUUACGCUUACGGUAACAGGGGGAGCGAACAAAACUACAAAACGAAUCGAACAACGCAGAGGCGAAUGUUAAAACUUGACUGCGGGAAAAACGUGCGGUGGGUUUUCUGGGUGUUGCCCCCCCCCCGCGCGUUGUUCGACUUCGCAUCCCGAUGUUUCGCUGCAACGUCGCUUGGGGAGCCUCUUCACAUCCGGAGACCUGCUCUCGGCACAAGCGCGAAAAACCUCGACGGCACCUGCAGAAAAUAAUUGGUUCGUUCAAUCGAAAAUUCCGCCGCUCGCGAAUAUCUUUGACAAUUCCGUCGAAUCGCCGGGCACGGAUCCAACCGUUUUACGUGUCUAGGCUUUACAGCGAAAUGAUCGCUGGGUUCUCAAAUCGAAGAGGACUUUGCGAGCUUCUCUCCGCACCACCCCCCCUCUCCUCCCUGGGCUUUCUCCUUCAUCAACUCCCGUCGGUUUACUGCCGCCAAAAUAAACGAGCGCUGUAAAGCGCGCGCACCGGUUUGAUAGCGCUGAACGUCGCGAGCAAAGGCGUUGAUUAAUCGAGGGGGUGGUCUAAGGUUUUGCAUGGUGUGUUUUUUAUUAAAUCUGUGAUCGGUGAUGAAGCCCCCCCCCUUCCCCGCGAGGCGGAGCGUGAUAUGAGACUUGUGCGAAGGGGUCGAAUCUGCGGAGCUUAAAUUGAGUGGUGGCGGGGUCGCUCCCUCGGGGUUGAGUGUUUUGUCUUCGGCUCAAAAUGUGAACAAUUUAAAAGAUUUGCUAAAGAUGGUGAUACAAGUC